GACGUCGGCCGCGCCGGGGUUGAGCGUCGGCCUCUGCUCGCGGCUCUGCCAUGGCGCCCAAAGGCGGCUCCAAGCAGCAGUCCGAAGAGGACCUGCUUUUACAGGAUUUCAGCCGCAACCUUUCGGCCAAAUCCACCGCGCUCUUCUUCGGGAACGCCUUCAUCGUGUCGGCCAUCCCGAUCUGGUUAUAUUGGCGAAUAUGGCAUAUGGAUCUUAUUCAGUCUGCUGUUCUGUACAGUGUGAUGACCCUUGUAAGCACUUACUUGGUAGCAUUUGCCUACAAAAAUGUGAAAUUUGUUCUCAAGCACAAAGUAGCACAGAAGAGGGAGGAUGCUGUUUCCAAAGAAGUGACGAGAAAACUUUCUGAAGCUGAUAAUAGAAAGAUGUCUCGGAAAGAAAAAGAUGAAAGGAUCUUGUGGAAGAAGAACGAAGUUGCUGAUUAUGAAGCGACAACAUUUUCCAUCUUCUAUAACAACACUCUCUUCCUGGUUCUCGUCAUUGUGGCUUCCUUUUUUAUCCUGAAGAACUUCAACCCCACAGUGAAUUACAUUUUGUCCAUAAGUGCUUCAUCAGGCCUCAUUGCCCUCCUGUCUACUGGCUCCAAGUAGACCAUUUCAGCCUCACUCCCUGGCUUUGUAUCUAUGGGUGGCCUGAGGUAUAUGUAAAAGUAGCAGGGUGGUCGGUCAGGGUGGGAGACUCACAAGAUGUUUUUAUAGUCUGGAAUUUGAGGGUUUAAAAAAAACCCAGGAAAAUGUAAUUCAAUAUGUGUUUGUUGGCUCUUUUUGGCAGAUUGUUGAAAUUAAAUGAAUUGAAUGGGAAACUCAGAGUACCAGAACAUUUAUUAAAAGGCAGAGUGUCUUGCGAUGUGCUAUAAUCAUAAGAGAAGAAAAUAACUUGUUUCCUUCAUCUGUCAGAGGUCAGGGUAACCUAGACGGAGCUGUUAUUAUUUAUUAUAGUUGCAAGAAGUUAAUAACUGGUUCUCUCUGUUCCAGCUACAACAUUACAACUUCUUUUGAGCCUUAUAAGUAUUAGAAUGAGUUCUGUCCCCGAGGGAGAUAGAACAGAAGCCUCAUAUUUGCAGGACUGAAUUUGUGAUUUGAAAUAACAAAGUUAAAAAAACAUGCUUUAUCCAACUUGGGAAAGUGAAACUUGUGGAAAAGUUUUUCCUCCCCCCCCGAAGAAGAAAGGCAGCCUUGGCAGAAGCCUAAAAAUAGUGCCCAGAUUUGUCCUAGAGGGUUAAAGCACACACUGUUCACUAUAUAGCUUUGGCCCUGUCUGGCCAGAGAGGUCAGCUUGACCCUAAUGUGUUGAUUUCACCUGUUAAGAGACUAGAUGCAUUGAUUUCCUCCAUGAGGAUCUGGUGUUAGCAUGGAGGAAUGUUUGUUAACAGGAGAGCCUUUUUCCUGUCUAUUAACAUGUAGAAGGCUAAAGUGAUUUUUAGGUCCAGAAUUCUUAGAAUUCAAAGGAAUCAGUGAUUUUUGUCAACAUUUCCCAUUUAGGAAUCCACAGAUUCCUAAAUUUGACCUCUUGGUCCACAGAACCCUGUCAACUCUAAACAAAAAAUUAAAUCUCUCUAUUCUUUGGGGAUCUAAGAGUAGUCUCCUGUUUUUUUAGUCAUUGAGUGUUCAGAUGUCAUUUUCUGUGUGUGCCGUGAUUUGAAAAAGUUUGUGAAGCUCCUCUUUUACCUGUCUCACUUAAAAAACUAUGGAAUCAUAGGUGAUACUGGUUUUAUUUUCUUGUGAGCUUUUGACCACAUCCAGUACUUUCCUAAAAACAGUAAGAAGCUCAGAGGAAAUAGGCAUAUUCCUAAUUCCUAAUUUAACUUUAAUAGUUCCAUUUCUAAAUUUAAGGUAAAUAUUGCAAAUACUCUCCACUUUUCAAUUUAUUACUAUUAAAAGGUAUUCGUCAGGAGUUUGUCUUCCACUUCCAUGCUGUUGGAUUUUUGGUAGAGCGCAUCUAAGAACUUGGGGAGGAGGGAGUACCCUUGCAUAAUGAUCAGAUCAGCACUGUCUUCAGUUGAGGACUGGUCACUGCUUUUACAAGUUUGCAGGCCUUUCCUUUGGUGCCUAGCUCUCCACUUGCCCUCACUGGGUAAUUUGGACUGAUGGGUAGUCUGAAGAGAGUCACUGUAGUUAGUAUAACCCAUGAAAGGUCUGUUUUUAUUAUUAUUGUUUUAACAUGGUUUUUUUUUUUCUGUUGGUGAAUAAGUGGUCACUAGUUUGGCAACAUGGAGUUAGUGUACUACAUGCAUUUACUUGUCUGACAAACCACUGGUGUCAUCUGUUUUUUUUUUUUUUUUUCUUUUUUUUUUUUUUUUUGAGGCAUGUUUUUUUAUUUAUUUGUUUGUUUGUUCGUUCGCCUCGUUUAUACAUGCACUGGGUACAGUCAGAAGCGCGGGAGGGUGAGAGAAUUCACCAGAGCCAGAGCAGGGAGCAGAGCAGGCAGAAAGACCGAAGUACACUGCUGAGGGGAGCAGCGGGCGGCAGGAGAGAUCUGCGCGCCAUGUGGGACCCUCCUUCGGUGGUCGGGGAGCAGCCGGGGAUCGAACCGGUGCCGCAGAGGUUGCCGGCAGCUUUGCAACCCAGCGCUCAACCGCUGCGCCACCGGGGAGGCCCUGGUGUCAUCUGUUUUUAGAGAGCUGGGGCAAGUCUAUAAAUUGGAGGUAAAAAAUUACCACUAGAUGGCAUUGCUGGAUAGAUGGGGAGAAAUGCCACCAUGCUUCUUGUAAUAUGGUUUGCCUGAGUUGGGGUGUGAAACAGGGACAUCUACUUAAUAUUCUUAGUAGAAAGUCUCCUGAAUUAAUAAGCUACAUAAUUUGUAGAAAAGCAAAGAGGCAAAAUUUGCCUUUGAUCCUGAAUUUUUCCUAGAGCACUUUUUGUUUACAAUCCUGAUGAUGGCUUCAGAUUUUCUGCACUCUUAGAUAAAUUUCUAGACAUAAACAUAUAAGGCAUGUGUACUGACAGUUCCACAGUUUUCAUUAAGGAUUUACUGUGCUUAUCCUCUUGGGAAUUAUACUCGGCAAUUGACCCUUUUCCCCAUCUGAAAUGGCCAUGUGGCAUAGAGAAUUAUGACAUGCAGAAUUUGGUUUAGGUAGCAAAAACCUGCUGUAAGAUUUCCAUCUUAAAGAGACUCCAUGUCCAACAACAGUAAAAUAAAAGGGGUUCUGUGAUUGGGAUUCAAAGUGAUAAAGUUUCUUUGUUGUACUCCUUGUGAUAAGAAGAGGCUUGAAGUGUUGGAACAUUUUUCAUUUCCCUAUUUUUAGCUUCCUCAUUUACAAUGUAGUAGAAAUCUUGGGUUGAAAUUAUUCUUAGCCAGUAAAAUUUUACUACUUGUCCUAUUUGGUAUAUGAUUUGAAACAAGAUUUGAAGUUAACUGAAAUAAGGAGGUUGGAUUCAUACCCAAAGCUCUUGUGAACAGUCUUGCUUAAUAAGCAUUAUUAAACUUUGUUCUUUAAAAAACUGUAUUUGCUCUAGACUUCUUUAUGAGAACCAUGUGAAUAAGUCUUUGUUACUUCAUUUCACAUUACCAUGGCUUUAAUUUCUCACACAUGUAAAAGUGCAUUUCUGAAGUUAUCUGAUUACAUGUUUGUGUGGCAGUGACGGGCACAGCGCAGUUCUAUUACAGAGCAGAAUGCUGAGCUGCUGCGCCAUCCUGCCCAUCCAGGCUUGUGUUUGCAAUACGAAUGCCAGUCACUGCUGCUUCUAAAGCCAGGAAGGAAGGAAAAAUAGACUUGUUUAGAGAAAACCAAUCUACAGAUGAACCUGUUGGGAAGGGCUGUGAGGGGCUAUCUCCCACCUCCUUGCACGCCUCAGAAGGAUGUAAAUUGAAGUUUAGGAGGAUCUUUUGGGUGGUUGGUUUAGAUUUUCUUAGAGCUGGUUAGACACUAACUUCUCAUGGAUUGUCACUGCAUCUCUUCUGACCUUUCCCUCACCUUAAUUCAUCCUGAAUUUGGAUUCAUACCAAAACUUUUGUUAACUUAAAAAUUCACACAAUUACUGCAUGAACUCUUAAAGCUAAAAAAAAAAAAAAAAUCACUGAACUGGAACACAAAAUACUUGGAUAUAGGCCUGGUUCUGUCAUUAAUAGGCAGUUGAAUUUGGUCCAGUUCCAUCAGCUCUUCAGACCUGGUUUCUAUAUUUGUCAAGGAGGGUUACUUAGAAGAUGUCUCAGGUCCAGGGAAUGUCUUUUUUUUUUUAAGAUUUAUUUAUUUUUUAAGAUUUAUUUAUUUAUACAAGCACUGAGUACGGUCAGAAAGAAGUAUGGGAGGGUGAGAGAAUUCCCCAAGCCAAAGCGGGGAACAGAACAGGCAGACCACCGAUGAAAUACACUGCUGAGGGGAGCAGCGGGCGCAGCAGGAGAGAUCUGCUGCGCUAUGUGGGUAGCUCCCUGGCCGGCUGGGGAUUAAACUCGUGCUGCAGUGACUGUGGACAAUUUCAUAGACUGC